GUGAGAGGCCCGAGUUCCGACCUGCCUUGCGUUCUCCAGCUAAAGUGGGAGAAGGAUCGGUCGGAGGCCGCCAUGGGGAAAGUGAAUGUGGCCAAGUUGCGUUACCUGACCCGGGAUGACUUCAGAGUCUUGACCGCGGUUGAAAUGGGCAUGAAGAACCAUGAAAUAGUUCCCUGCAGUUUGAUUGCUUCUAUAGCCAGCCUUAAACACGGUGGCUGUAAUAAAGUUUUAAGAGAAUUAGUGAAACAUAAACUCAUUGCCUGGGAGCGUACCAAAACUGUCCAGGGCUAUCGGUUGACAAACGCAGGCUAUGAUUACCUAGCUCUGAAAACACUUUCUUCCAGAGAGGUAGUUGAGUCUGUUGGAAACCAGAUGGGUGUUGGGAAAGAAUCAGAUAUUUACAUUGUUGCAAAUGAAAAUGGACAGCAAUUUGCAUUAAAGCUUCACAGACUAGGAAGAACCUCCUUUCGAAAUCUGAAAAACAAGCGUGAUUACCAUAAACAUAGGCAUAAUGUGUCUUGGCUAUAUUUAUCUCGUCUCUCUGCCAUGAAGGAAUUUGCUUAUAUGAAGGCAUUGUAUGAGAGGGAAUUUCCAGUUCCAAAGCCAAUUGAUUACAAUCGCCACGCAGUAGUCAUGGAACUCAUAAAUGGUUAUCCUCUAUGUCAGAUACACCAUAUUGAAGAUCCUGCAUCAGUAUAUGAUGAAGCUAUGGAACUGAUUGUCAAACUUGCAAAUCAUGGGCUGAUUCAUGGAGAUUUCAAUGAAUUCAAUCUCAUUUUGGAUAAAGAUGACCACAUCACCAUGAUUGAUUUUCCACAGAUGGUUUCGACUUCUCAUCCCAAUGCUGAAUGGUAUUUCGACAGAGAUGUUAAAUGCAUUAGAGAUUUUUUUGUGAAACGUUUUGGCUAUGAAAGUGAGCUUUAUCCAACAUUUAGUGAUAUCAGAAAGGAGGACUCUCUUGAUGUUGAGGUUUCUGCCAGUGGCUACACAAAGGAAAUGCAAGCAGAUGAUAAACUGCUUCACCCAGUGGGUCCAGAUGAUAAAAAUAUUGAAACAGAGGAAGGAUCUGAAUUCUCAUUUUCUGAUGAAGAGGUGUCAGAAAAAACAAACGUUCGUAGGUCAGAAAAUGAAAGUGAAUGGAACUCUGUAGAUGAAUCAGGUGGCUGCUGCUGCAGAUCAUCUGGAUACCUUGAACAAACAAAGGAAGAUAAUUUAUCAGAGGAGAGUGCUGAUGUACACAAUUUUCAAAUGACUGAAUUCAUUCAUCCUUUAGAAGAAAUAAAAGGGCAGGUUGUUAAAAACAGUUCUGUAACUGAGUUGUCUGAGGAGAAAGAUAGAACUGAAAAUGAUACCAGGCAAGAUGGUCAGACAGGUCAAGGAGAAAUCCCUGCUGGCUCUGAAGAGUAUGAAGAUGAGUGCCCUCAUUUGAUUGCCUUGUCAUUAAACAAAGAAUUCAGGCCUUUCAGAGAUGACGAAAGUAUGGGAGAUAUUAAUCGGAAUAGAACAAGAACUCUGAGUAUUACUUCUGCAGGCAGUGUUAUAAGCUGUUCAACAAUUCCUCCAGAACUGGUGAAACAGAAGGUGAAACGUCAGUUGACAAAACAGCAAAAAUCAGCUGUGAGACGUCGAUUGCAGAAAGGAGAAGCAAAUGUAUUUACUAAGCAACGGAGAGAAAACAUGCAAAAUAUUAAAUCAAGUUUGGAAGCAGCUAGUUUUUGGGGAGAAUAAUAUAUUUAAGAUUUUGGAUAUUUUUAAUAUUUUUUUUUCAAGUUACUAUCACCCCUUUUUAAGGCACCUUUAGGCUUUUUGGACCAAGGCUAGUAUAUAAAUAGAUAAGUGAGCCUUCUUUUAUCUGACUCAUUCAGUAUGUGUCUUUCAAAGAGUAAUUAUAGUAAUUCUGCUAAAGCAAUUCAUUUUUUUAAAGUAAUUUAGAUUACUAUGGUAAAUCUGCUAAAAUCAGUUUUUCAAAAUAACUAUAUUAGGGAUAUUUGCAUAUUUUUAAAAAUCUAAAUAACACCGUUUUUUGGUUUCUGCCAAGAAAAGGUAGAUUACGUGGUUUGAAAUCCAGACUUUUCAAAUCCAAACUUUUCCACUUAGUAGUAGAAACAAUCUUAAGCAAGUCAUAUUUCUUUCUCUUUCUCUUCUUCUCUGCCUCAGUUUUCUUAUUGUUAAAAUUGGAUGUAUAACUACUUUAUACAGUUGUUUUGAGGAUCACAUGAGACACUGCACAUAAAGCACUUAGAACAAUGUCUAGCACAUUAUAAGCAUUCAAUACAGCAUAGCUAUUAGAAUGACAAUUAUAAUAAUAUUUAUCUUUCUGGAAUUUUGCUAGCAGCUUGGUUGCAUUUUAUUUAGAUACUGGAAGAAUUUAUUGUUUUCUGUUUUUUUAAUCCUUAGAAGUCAGGAUAAGCCAGUAAUGUAUAAUUUACUUAAUAGUUAAUACAUUAAUUUAUAAUGUAUUUUGUGCCACUUAAACACUGCUAAUGUGGCCAUGGGAACAUAAACUUGAAAUAAUCCUACCAUGAUAUUUACAGUUGCCAGCUUUUAUGCAGGCCUGAGCAGGAGUGCAGAAAAUUUAGGGGUGAGAGGAGGUAGAAGGAAUGAAUGAAAUAUUUUCUCAUACGCUUAGGUGGAUAGGUCUGGGACAUGUUCUCACUUUGGUGUUAAUAAAUACUUAGUGCAGGAAAGAAAUACAUAAGCCAUGAUCCCUUCUUCAGGAACUUUAUAAUUCAGUGAGAUGUGAAGAUGAGUGCUUAAAUGUGUGUACUUGAUGACAAUUAAGUCUCUUCAUAGUAGGCCAGAAGAGGGAGAGCGCCUGCAGCAAAAAAUGACCGCUAGAUGGCAGUGUCACCCAUAGGCACCAAACAGGAUGUCCUUAAAUUACUUGCAUCUGUGAUUAUGAUCUACCAGAGGGAAUACAGUACUUUCUUUUCCAAGAUUGAUAUGGCAGAUUCCCUUUUACUUCUUCAAAAUUGAUUCUCCUGGCCAUUUGCAAGAUUGAUUCAUCAUUAGCUAAUAAAUUUAUUUAAAUAUACAGAUGCAAGAAAAUGUUACAUUUAGUUCCCUUGAAAGUUAACCUAGCUGGCUGGUUAGCUCAGUUAGUUAGAGCACAGUAUUACAACACCAAGGUCAAGGUUUCAGAUCCCCAUACUGGCCAGCUGCCAAAAAAAAAAGAAAGUUAAGUUAGACUGAUUUGGGGAGUAUUUACAUAGCACUGCUUUGAAUUUUAGAUAUCUUUAAGUUCAGGUAUUUUUUUAUAAUUUGUCUACUUUAAAGCAUUUUUUAAGGUAAAAUAACCUUGAAAACAGCCUAAUAGAACCACAGAAUGUUUCUUUUUAAUACAUUUUCUUAUAUUCAGAGUAUUGAAAGCAAAUUGGGAAUAAAACUAUAUGACCUCAUUCUAUUCAGCUUUACUUAGUUGACUCAGUCGACUUUUGGGUACCUACCACAUAAAAAGUUUAUUACUAUUUGAGAAACUUAGAAGGCAGAUAAACUUGGUUCUUACCCUUAGCCUAAAAUUUCAUGUGGGCCACAGAACAAAUUAUUCAAAUCAAAAAUGGAGACCUUAUCUCAUUUGGGCAAAGAUUAGUGCUAGCUACUGAAGAUUUAGUAAUAAUGAUCUGGAAAGAAAUUUAAUUUUUCCUGGGUUACAUUUUUGUUUUGGCGUUUGAAAACUAGAGCCCAAACACAACGGUUAUUUUUAAAAGAUGUUUUUGGGUAGCCAUAAAUUAGAAAUUAGAGAGUUUGCCCUAUCCGACAAGCUGUAACCCUCGCCUUUUAAAACAUAUAAACAAUAAGUGAAAACAAAAUUUAAGUCUACUACUAAUAAUGAAGCUAUGUAUGUGAUUGUUAAAACACUUUUUGAGUCUAGGAGUUACAAAUUUAAAUCCUGGUUCUAACACUGCUCAAACCUCAGGUACCUUCUUUAUCUUCUCUAACCUAGCUUUUUUGAUUUGUAAAAUGGGAAUGUUUAAUAGUACCUAUAUCAGGGUUGCUGUGAAAAUUAAGUGAAAGAAUGCUUUUGAAGAGCCUAGCACAGUGCCUGAUACAUAGUAUAUGUGUAGUACGUAUUGCUGAAAUGACUUCGUAUGGUUACUGUAAAGAAUGUUCCACAGGCUGACUAUCUUUCCUUUUAUCAAGGUCAUUGAUAUUUCAACUGUGAUUCUGUUUAUUAAUAUUCAUAGAAGCUUUGCCUUGUCACCUUCUUGCAUAGUCUGUACUUAUUGUUCCCAUUAAAUAAGCUUUU